AUGAAGCGUAAGUCUUCUUUUCUGGUGACGGCCUCGUCGAUGACUCGAACCGACUUCCGAUUGGCGCAUCCUCUAGUGACUGUGAGGCCAGGCAGCGUAGUCAAAUUCGAUUUUGAAGCUGAUGAGGAUGAAAGGGGCAAGGUUCUCAAAAUCAACAAGGUGGACCUGGAGCUACUUGAUUAUUUCAUGCAGGAUCAUUUGUAUCCCGCUAUGCAGAAGGCGGCAUGGUGCUAUCGGCGGAGGACGAACGAAAAUAAAAUCAGCGCCCUUGCGUCGGCUUUCUUCCCAGUCUUCACUUUCCUCUCCCCUAGAGCAAGCGACGCAGAUUUGCUCAGGCCCUAUGAGCAGGGUGAUCCCCUUUUGGAUAGUGUUAAUGAGAUAGCGGCACAAGAGGCGUCGAGCAGCAGUGGGGAGCAGGUCAUGAUUGACGGGCAGAGUCGGGAAAAGCUUGAGUGGGUGCAGGAAGAUGGUGCUGAUCUAGGUCCUCGACAAGCAGUUGAUUUUAGAGGUUACGCAUCGCUCAUCGCAGAUGAAUCUUCAGAAACCAACGAGUCGAUGAGCAUCCUCAUUUGCGAUGCUAAGCAGAAAAACUUCAUCUGGGAACCAGACACGAACGAAAAUUCAGAUCUUUACCAACUAUGCGACUAUACAUGCUGUGCUGCGGUUCCUAACAUCGACAGUGGAAGAUUCAAGCCAAUCCAUAUGUUGGUUUUAGCUGAUGGUGAUUAUGGGGUUGCAGUCCUCCAUGUGGAAGGAUACUUAGAGGUUGGCAGGGAUAAUGUGAUCACAGACGCAGCGUUUGAUGUCUUCCUCGGCCACAUGGAGGCAAAGGAAAACAAGGGGGACCAAUGGAAAAGCUUGAACGAUCAGGAGAAAGCGUAUAUUCGUGAAAAGUACCAAAUCACCCUGAACAAAAGCAGGUUGAGGAUGCAAAAACUACACAUGGUCAGCGACAUCCCCGUGGACAGAAAACUUGUGGUAGGGGAAAUCAACUUCUAUCCUCUCGCCAGAAUCUGGACGAAGUUCCCCAUUGCUUACCCCAGCCAGAGGUGGAGUACGGACGACUACAUUUUUAUUGCUGGGAUGCUGCGGGUGCUCUUUGGAGAUCGAGUCUUGUUAUGGAAAAAACAAACUCUGGAGGCAAUCGCUGCAUCCAGGAAUUCGGAGUUGGUCAGUCUCGGACGUCAGCUUCCAAUCUUCCCACCCGACGUCGUUAAAAGUGCUGACUAGUCUUUGUUUUGUUCGUAGUCAAUAUCGGAGUUCAGUUCUCAUCAGGCCUGUGACAAAAUUGAUGAUCAAUCCUUUUCUUGUUUUCUUUACA